AAAUAAAUGAAAGCCAUACUAGUAUUAUCUAUUUCAUUAAUGACAUUGAACUCUUAAUUUAUCAAGACAUCGACUCUAAAUUUGGUAAGGGAAUUGAUCUAAUUAAUGAAAGUGUGAUGCGAAUAUCUACUUGCGACCAGACAUCUAUUAUGUGUAAGGAAGUGCAGCAACAACUAUAGAGCCAACUCAGGCAGUGGUAACCUUGGAAGUGGAAGUGAAGGACGAAAAGGCUCAGAAUGCUUUGCAACAGGCAGCCUAAAUAGCUGACGAUGCUGUCAAGUAUGUGAUAGACCUUAUUGGGUAGAGCCAUAAAAGAGAACUGCAAGGGAUAAUUGAAGAUUCAGACAGCCGAUUUCACUAUUUCCCCUCACAAGGAGUACAGUCAGACUCAACCAUACCAUGAGACAUUUUCAGGAUUCAUAGUGAUCAACAGGAUAACAGUGGAGACACUCAACAUUAGUGAUGUGGGGAAGUAAGAUUCUCGUGUUGAUUGUUAGGAUCAUUGACAUAGCUGUGAAACACAGGGUCAAUAAGGUGAAUGGGAUUCAAUUCGAUGUGAGCAAGGAGGAGAAGAAGAGGUUGAAGGACGUUCUUGUGGAAUAAGCCAUUGAGGAUGCUAAACAUACAGUAAUGAAUUUAAAUAAUCAUAGGCCAAUGUGGUGUUGAAGGAAUUGAACAUGAGGAUUGAGUCGGUCAAGUCUGUCCAAAUCUUGGAGAAUUACGGAUACGGUGUCAGCAGUCAGAUGGAGCAAUAAGUGAGCGUGGGAUUCGUAAUCAGCCAUAUAGAAUAAUGAUACAUCAUACGAAUAAUAUAAUUAUUUAGG